AUGGGCGAAAAGCAGAUUUCAGUCGAGGAGAUCUCUUCCCACAACACACAGGAGGAUUGCUGGAUAGUGGUGGACGGCGUUGUAUGGGACAUCACAGGUUUCGCCCCCGAGCACCCCGGUGGUCCUGCCAUAAUAUACAAGUACGCCGGCCGUGAUGCCUCAACAGCGUACAACGAGAUCCAUGCCCCGAGCAUCAUCAAGAACGGCUUGCCAGCCUCCGCCCGAAAAGGCGUUCUCGAUUCCUCGACGAUCACAGCAGAGUGGAACAAGUCGUUAGAAUCCUCAGCUCCUAAAGCCACAUCGCAGUCCUCCUCGAAAUCUGAAAAGCCACCACUAUCCGGCAUUAUCAACCUCCACGAUUUUGAGCUCGCAGCCCAAACUACCGCUACACCAAAGACGUGGGCCUUCUACUCUUCUGCCGCCGACAGCCUCAUCACCAAAGACCUCAAUGCAUCUCUAUUCCCACGCAUCCUCCUACGACCGCGCGUCAUGCGUCGUGUGGACAAGAUCAACACCGCAACGCGCGCCCCCUUCCCGGGAAUCGACUUCACCUCUUCUUUCCCACUCUUCAUCUCCCCCGCCGCCAUGGCCCGCCUGAUCCAUCCAGACGGCGAGCUUGCCAUCGCGCGCGCCUGCCUCUCGCGCAACCUCAUCCAAUCCAUCUCCAACAACGCCUCCUAUUCGGCAGACGACAUCGUCUCCCAGCCCGUGGUAGCCAACCAACCCUUCAUCUUCCAGCUCUACGUCAACCGCGUCCGCCACGAGUCCGAGAAGCUCCUCACCCGGAUCCUCUCGCACAAGAACGUCAAGGGCAUCAUGGUCACCACCGACGCCGCCGCGGCCGGCAAGCGCGAGGCCGACGAGCGCGUCAAGGCCGACGAAUCCAUCCAGAACCCCAUGAUGACGGCCGGCGCCAAGAACGACAACAAAGGCGGCGGCUACGGCCGACUGAUGGGCAACUUCAUCGACCCCAAUCUGAACUGGGAAGACAUUGUCUGGCUAAGACGAAACCUCCGCGGCCUACCCCUCUGGCUGAAGGGCAUCAUGUCCGCCGACGACGUGGCCCUCGCGCUCCAACACGGCCUCGACGGCGUGGUGCUCUCCAACCACGGCGGGAGGAACCUCGACACCAGCCCGCCCGCCAUGCUGGUCCUGCUGGAGAUCCACGCCCGCUUUCCCGAGAUCAUCCGCUUGCACCACCCCAGCAGCGCGAGCGUCAAGGCCGGACGCACGAAGCCCUUCUCGAUCCUGGUCGACGGCGGCGUGCGUCGCGGCACCGAUAUACUCAAGGCUGUGUGUCUGGGCGCCACGGCGGUGGGGGUCGGGAGGCCGGCCCUCUUCGCGACGGGCUACGGCCAGGAGGGCGUCGAGCAUAUGAUUGAUAUCCUGAAGGAUGAGUUUGAGGUCGCGAUGCGCAAUUCGGGCAUCACGAGCGUGGACGAGUGUGGGCCCGAGUAUGUCAAUACGGGGGAUAUCGAUGCUUUGGUGUGUAAGAACACGGGCCAUCCUUAUGCGGUGGGUUGGGGGCAGGUCAAGAGCAAGCUGUAG